CCCCAGUCCGCGGGCGGAUGCAAGAGGAAAUUUGGGGGUGAGCGUUGGAGGUGCCCUUACAUUGUGUUUAUAUAUAGUUGCGUUAGGUGAGAACGAAAUGCCCGCUAGAUUAGACCAACAGAUCCAUAUAACACCGUUGUGGUGCUGUCCACUCCGCCGCUAUAAUACUUAACUGAAAGGACCAGCACCAAAGGAUGGGGCUCGUCAGUGCGCUUGACAGGCCGGGGAGGCAACAGAUUUGAACUACCAAUCUGCUGUUUGCAUCUGUUCGCCGCUCACAUUUCAAGACCAGAUCAGAGAGGAAUUUUUUUCUGAAAGAUUGUUGUGGUGUUAACAGCACAUAGAGGGAGUGAAAUGGAGUUGGUGGUAGGUGCUUCGGAUGCCACUAUGAAAAUUCUACUGGGCAAGCUGGGCGGCCUGCUAGCCCAGGAGUAUGCUCUGAUCAGGGGCGUGCGCGAUGACAUCCAGUACAUCAACGACGAGCUCGCCAGUAUGCAGGCCUUCCUCCGCGACCUCAGCGCUUCGCCGGACGACCAAGACAACCGGAUGAAGGACUGGAUGAAGCAGAUCCGCGACGUCGGGUACGACGUUGAAGAUUGCAUCGACGACUUCACCCACCGCCUCCCACACGAUUCCAUGAACGAAGCCAGAUGUUUCUUCGUAGUCAUGAGAAUCUAUGAACUCCGGACCUGGUGGCAUCGCCGUGACAUCACGGUCAAAAUUGCUGCCCUCAAGGUCCGGGCCCAACAGAUUGCAGAACGACGCAACAGAUAUGGAGUGGACAACCCAAGCAAAUGUACUGGCAGCAGCUCAUCUGGAGUCCGUGACGCUACGGAGGUAAUCGCUGAGUAUCAGCUAGCAAGCCGUCAGCUAAUUGGUACGAAGGAGCCCGUGGGGAUGAGGAAAGACAUGGAGAAGCUUGAGCAGUGGGUAAAUGGACCUGACAUUGAGCCAGCUGUUUUGUCCAUAGUCGGAUUUGGCGGUGUGGGGAAGACUACUAUUGCGACUGCUUUGUACCAAAAGCUCCAGAAUCAAUUUGUGUAUCGAGCAUCGGUCACUGUGUCUCAGAACUAUGACAAAGAUGCAGUCCUCAAGAGUAUUCUCAACCAAGUCAGGCAACAGGACCGCGAUUACGAGCAGCAAGGCAGCAGCAGCAGCAGCAGCAGCACUGGGAGUUCCGAAAAGAAGAGCCUGGCGGAAAAAAUUAAAAGCACAUUGAAGCUACUUUUUCCACUUCGUAGACAACAGCGGCAGAACGAUGGAAGCUCUGAUGCGAAGCAGAUCAAGAUGGAAACAAUGAGCCAUGAUCAAGUCAGCGAAGAACUGAAAAAACGUCUGGCUAGUAAAAGGUAUCUCCUCUUUAUUGAUGACAUAUGGUCUGCGAAAACAUGGGACAGUAUCAAAAUUUGUUUGCCUGCUGAAAAUGUAGAAGGCAGUAGAAUAAUCGUGACUACAAGAUUUCAAGUUGUUGGCGAGACAUGCUGCCCAAGAUAUGGACGUGAUCUUCUGCACACAGUCGAUAUUCUCGGUGGUAAUGACCCCAAAACAUUAUUCCAUGAAAGUGUUUCUGAAUGCAAAAGCAGGAAAGGCAGCGAUAGAGUACAGGUGGACGUCCCUGAGGAGAUAUGGAAAAUAUGCGGCGGACUGCCUUUGGCCAUUGUGACCAUAUCUGGUCUUGUUGCCUGCAACCCAAGAAAAUCCAAGGACGAUUGGAGAAAAGUUUGUGACAAAUUAUUUUCAGAGCCAGUGGCUUCUCUUACCCUAACUGGGGUAACAAGAAUACUCGAUCAUUGCUACAAUGAUUUGCCAGCAGACCUCAAGACCUGCUCACUUUAUUUGAGCAUAUUUCCGAAGGGUGGGAAAAUCAGGAUGAAACGUUUGACCCGCCGAUGGAUAGCAGAAGGUUUCGCUAGCGAGAAGCAAGGGCUCACUGAGGAGGAAGUUGCAGAAACAUACUUUAAUCAGCUAAUAAGAAGGAAGAUAAUACGGCCUGUGGAACACAGCAGCAAUGGGAAGGUAAAAACCUUCCAAGUGCAUGAUAUGGUUCUUGAAUAUAUCGUGUUGAAGGCAAGGGAAGAGAAUUUUAUCACUGUGGUUGGUGGCCACUGGUUGUUGCCAGCGCCUAGCAAUAAAGUGCGUCGGCUUUCCAUACAAAGCAGUGGUUCCAAGCCUAUAAAUUCUACCAGAGGCAUGAACUUAUCUCAGGUGCGAUCAGUGACCGUAUUUGGGAGCCUACACCAACUGCCUUUUCAGUGUUUCAAUGAUGCAAUAAUACAGGUCCUCGAUCUUGAGGGUUGGACUGGUUUGAAGGAGAAACAUCUCAAAGACAUAUGUAAAAUGCUUGUACUCAAGUAUUUGGGCCUCCGAAGAACAGGGAUUACCAAACUUCCAUCCAACAUUGGGAAACUCGAGUAUUUGGAGACUCUUGACAUAAGGCAGACGAAGGUCUGGGAGCUGCCAAAAACUGUAGGCAGGCUCAAACGGAUCAGUAGCAUACUUGGUGGUGAAAAAAACACAUGCAAGGGGUUUAAGUUACCUCAAGAAAAGAGCAAGGAUCCAAUGAAAUACAAGGAGACAAUGAAGGCACUUCGUAUACUGUCAGGCAUUGAGAUCGUUGAGGAUUCAACAGCUGUAGCUGGCCUUCAUCAGUUGACGAGUCUAAGAAAGCUUUCCAUUUACAAGCUCAAAAUUCAGAAAAAUGGUAAAACAUUCAGAGAAUUGCGCUCUGCUAUUGAGUAUCUUGGCAGCUGCGGUCUGCAGACUCUGGCAAUCAAUGAUGAGGGGUCUGAUUUUAUUAACUCACUAUACUCCAUGUCCGCUCCACCUAGGUACCUCACAGCCCUUGAGCUAUCUGGCAAUAAAUUGGAAAGGCUACCUCAAUGGAUCAUCAAACUCACUACCCUCAGCAAGUUAACACUUUCCGUGACAGUCCUUCGGGCAACUACAUUCGACCUCCUCCGCUGGCUGCCUAUGUUAUUCUCCCUCACCUUUUCACUUCAUGCAGUGAAGCAGAAUCAGCAAGUGGAGGAGAUCCUCAAGAAGAACAUGUCGGAGUCCGACGGAGAGAUCUUUGUUCCAGGCCAAGGAUUCCCGAGUCUUAAGUUGCUUCGUUUCCGUGCACCUUUCAUUCCAAAGCUGAGCUUUUCAGUGUAUGCAAUGCCAGCACUUGAAAGGAUCGAGACGUUUUGUCAAUCCUUCGAAGGCCUUUUCGGCAUUGAUGCCCUUAAAAGUCUCCAGGAGGUGCAUCUCAAAUUAAGUGAUCAAGCUGAUGAUGCGACCAAGUUCCUUGUAGAUUAUUUGAAGGCCAACACCAAGGGAGCUCAUGUAAUCAUCGAUCAUUUAGCACCUGCUUGAAACGACAAGAUGGUUGCCACUUGUACUGUGAGGGGGCUCGCUCGCUAAUCAUCCAAUCUUGCCCCCUUGGUCGUUAAAAUGGAUAACGUUUACAUUAUUGGUUUCGUUUGGUACCGAUAAAGGGUGUGCUGUACGACUGUUAUAUUGAUUUUUUUUUUGUGUUUCUUGUACAAUAUAACUCUGUUUUGCCACAAAAAGAAACUAUGCACUCUUACAUUUAUAUGUACUUUUUUUAACUAUUCACUCAGUGAGACUAGAUGAUAUUCUGCGCGUUCUUGUGAAAAGGUUUGUAAUAUAUUUCAGUGGGAUCUGGUUGUGUG